CAGGUCCUUUUUAUGUGGUGCCAGCACUCUUACUUUUCAUGUGGUACCAGCACAAGUGCUUUUCAUGCGGUGCCAGCAUGGAUGCUUUUUAUGUGGUACCAUUGUGGAUGCUUUUUAUGUGGUACCAUCAUGGAUGCUUUUUACAUGAUACCAGCUUGGUGCCCUUUUAUAUGGCACCUGCACAGGUGCCUUCUACAUGACACCAGCACAAUAACAAAAAUGUUAAUCCUUAAGCAAGACAAACCACUUUAAUUUGUACCCUUUUCCCUCUUUCUUCCCCAGUGCAUUACACGGGGUUCUUUGAAUUUGCUGACGAACCUUUCGAUUCCAGCAGACUGAGAGGGGAAGUCUUCAAGUUCCGACUAAGAAAAGAUAUGGUAAUCCCUGGCUGGGUGAUAGCUGUGACCACCAUGCAGGUUGGAGAGCUGUCGCGGUUUCUAAUCAGCCCCGAGUAUGGAUUUGGUGACUUUGGUUGUCCACCUAGGAUCCCCAAAGCCAUCACAGCUCUCUUUGAGAUUGAACUUUUGUCCUUUGUCGAAGACGCUGGCAUUGAAGAUUAUUUUCAAAUGACUGAAGAAGAGAAAAGCCAGAUUCCAUUCGACCAAAUCCUAAAGAUUGCAAAUAUGGAGAAAUCGUUUGGUACAGAAUUCUUCAGUGCCAAGAAAAUUCGAAAGUCUUACAACAAAUACCGUUUGGCCCUUCUGGUGCUUGACGAGUAUGUGCCGUGCAACAGCGAAGAGGAACGUCAGAUCCAAGAGUUACGCCUCUUGGUUCUCCUAAACAUGGCCCUCUGCUGUCUCCGUCUCAACAAUGCUCCCAAAGCCAUCACAUAUUGCCAGAAAGCUCUGGCGAUUGACAAGAACAACGCUAAGGCGUUUUACAGAUUGGGACAGGCAUACCAGAUGUUGGGCAAGUACAACGAGGCAGUCACCAACCUAAAGCUGGCUCAGAAGCUGCGACCAACAGAUCCGAACGUUUCACAACAACUACAGAAACUGCACAGCGAUGUCCUCCAAUACAAACAAGACGAGAAAGCCAUGUACAAGAAAAUGUUUUGCCAAACCACAAAGAAAUCGCAGUUGUCUUUAUUUCCUUCAAAUCGGGAGAACAUGGUCCAGGAAUCGGGCGAAAAAGUUGUUGAAGUUUCUGAAGAAUUUAAAGAAAAUGUCAACAACUACCUUAAGAACUUUCUCUCAGACAAUUGCCGGAGUGAAUGUCCAAUGCCUGCCUCCAGCAUGACCGUGGCCGAGAUAGCUUAUGUCCUAGAAAUAGUCGAUGAUAUGAAACUCAUAGCUGUACAGACUGGUUCGGGUGAAAACAUUCAGAUCGAAAUCCGCAAGAACAACAACAACAAGACCAGCAACAAUAGGAAAGUGAAGAAGCGUGAAAUGGUGUGGAAGUAAUUUGCCAUGAGGUAGGGGACGCACAGACAGGCAGGCAACUACGAUUACACAUCUCCACACAUACAUGCUUACAUAUGCAUACACACGCGCAUGUGCGUGUAUAUAUAUACAGGGUGUCUACAAGGUCUGGGUACAUGGAGUAAAUUAAAUAUAAGAAAUAAUAAUUUCUUAAAGUAUGUGUUAAUCCCCAUGUGGCUACAUGGAGUAAAUAAAAUCAUAACAUAAGCAAUUAAAUAUAAGAAAUAAUAAUUUCUUAAAGUAUGUGUUAAAUCCCCAUGUGGGUACAUGGAGUAAAUAAAAUCAUAGCAUAAACAAUCAAAUAUAAGAAAUAAUGAUUUCUUAAAGUAUGUGUUAAUCCUCAUGUACCCAGAGUUUGAGGACACCCUGUAUAUUCACAUACAUACUCACAUAUAAUGUAUGUAUGUGUGUGAAUAUGUAUAUAUAUGUAUGUAUUUUUGUGUAUGUCUGUGUAUUAAUAUAUGUAUGUAUAUACAUACACACACAUAAAUAUAUAUACACACACAUACAUAUAAAUACACACAUAAAGAUCUUUUACUCAUUCCAUCUAUUUUAUUAAGACUGUUAUAUAUAUAUGUAUGUAUG